GAUACAUUGGUAUCUUAGUCUGUGGUUGAGCAAUACCCUGAGCUCCUGGCACACCACCCAAGGGGACACUUGUCUUGUCCACACAGGCUUUAACCGACAUUUCUCUCUCUUUACCGGAUUUAACCGCCACAACACCUCCUUCCUCCUCCCCAACAUUCACUAGUCUGCUAUUUUGAGGUGAAAUGAAGAUUCAAUGCAACGUGUGUGAGGCGGCGGAGGCGAAAGUGCUGUGCUGCGCCGACGAGGCCGCCCUCUGCACCGAGUGCGACCAGAAAGUGCACGCCGCCAAUAAGCUCGCCAGCAAACACCAGAGGGUUCCUCUCUCGACUUGUUCGUCGCAGAAGCCCAAGUGCGAUAUAUGCCAGGAAACAGUAGGGUAUUUCUUUUGCUUGGAAGACCGAGCUCUGCUCUGCAGAAGAUGUGAUGUUUCUGUACACACUGCAAAUCGCUUGGUGGCUGCUCAUCAGAGAUUCUUGCUCACUGGAGUGAAAGUAGGUCUUGAAGCAACCAAAUUGGAUCCAGCUCCUCCUCCCUCAACAACUGAUCUGCCUGCCCAAGCCCAAGGGGAUAUUUCCUCAUCAAAGACGGGAGGUUCCAUGUCGCAGUGGCCGUUGGAUGAAUUCCUUGAACUCGGUGACUACACUCACAAGUAUGACUUUAUGGAUCCUACUGGCUCAUCCAAGAGUGAGGCGAAUUGCGGGAAGUUUGGAGAUGCAGAUUGGUCCCCUGUGGUGCAAGUUGCUGAUAUGGAGUUAGAGGGAGAUGAGCAGAAUACUUGUUUCUGGAGAGUGCCGGAGAUUCCGUCUCCCCCCACAGCGUCCGGGCUUUACAGCUGGUCUCAUUCUGCUGCCUUCGUGCACCAUCGUCCCCACGGCGACGGACCCGUUUCUGAUCGACUUGUACCAGAGUUGUGAGCUUACAUUAGCUUUUAAUUGUAAGUUGCAGAGCAGUGUGUUGUUAGGUUCCCAUGUACACCACCAACAAAAAGGCACUCAUGUACUGCCAUUAUCUCUCUUUAACAUCACA